GCUGUCUCACAUAUUAGAGAGAGACAGAUCAUAUAGAACUCUUAUAAAACUAUUGUCCAGGGUAGGACCACCAGGAAGGUAGACGACAAGGACUAAUGACGGAUCCAUUGAUAAAUAAAUUUCACAGCGGACUUCAACAAUCUGCGCCUACAUACUGCCCACAUGCUUCUUUUGACUAUUGAAUUCAAACAGUGUGUCGCAGAUAUCAGAUACACGCGUUGGAGUAUAAGUCACUUCUAAAGUUAGAACAAUCAUUUCUUAACAUGCUGCGUCAGAAAAACAUUUCUCCCCAAACUGCUUAACAAAUGGCCGAAUUCUAUUCAUACAUUGAAAGAGCUGAGCUACGCAAGCGCGGCGUUUAGUUGCGUUGUUUUGCACAGCGGGAUGGCAAACAAGAGCUUGUUAGUAACAGAGGCUUGACAUGUCGGAUAAGAUAAGAACACGAUAAAAAUGACUAGUUAGAACUAUUGAGAAUCGCGUAAGGCGUUGUAGUUGAUAGAGUAUUGUAUUCCGUUUUUAAGACGUUUCUGUCUCCGCAGCGCGCUUAUGAGGUGGGUUUUAUUUCGCAGCUCAGUGAAGAGGCUUUGAUCUCGUUGCCAUGGCAGCUGUCAGAGUCGCAGCUCGAAACCGCGGGUUGCUGCAGCCUGUCCAGCGCCACACUUUAGUCCAACUAAUUAGAAAUUCUUAGCUGAUAAAAAUAAAUGUCUUACUGCUCGAAUACUGAAGUGAUUUAAUUUAGGCUACUCAAUACUGAGAUCUCGAAUCCUGUGGAUGUUGAUUUGUUAUGGAGGUAUUUGUUAGGGUUGUUCCUGCUAUUCAAUCGCAAUAGCCUACCUUCUAAACUAUAGCCUACAUGAACCUAGCUGUUUUGGAAUCACUCCAAGAAUGUCGCAAAGCUCGUAUGGCCAAAUGUGGGCUACUGCUCAGGGCGCCCUGGAAAACCUUUUGGAGGAUGAAUAUCCCACGAUGCAACUCCGUCCUCAAAAGGAUCGUCUGCAGGUCUUUCAGACGCUGGCCAGUUUCUACCUGCGCUACCUGAAGAUAUUCCGUUCUCUGGAGGAGGUUUAUGAUCAGAUCUUUCACCCGCAGAAGAGACGUGUGGUGCAUCACGUUCUCGAGGGGGUGAUGGGGAGACUUGUAGAGCUGAAGAAUGAGAUGGUGGAGCUGGAGUACUCAGAGUUUCAAUACUUUGAUGACAUUUUGCAGGACUUCAAGAUGACGCCUGAGGAUCUUGAGGUGCCUAUUCCACGUUAUUUUGUGAGGGAGAGAAUGCGGGCACUCAAGGAGAGAGAAAAGAUGCUGGCUCAUAUUUUGACGUCUGGAGGGCAUCAGGAACAUAAAACGCAGGUGACAGUUCAGUCCAUGUCUAUGGAGCGAGCCGUGUGGUUGCUGCAGGUCAGCGAGCGAGCUCGGCAGGGAAGACUGAGAGCUCAUUUCAUGAAAAAGAUUCAUCAGGAAGAGCAAAGAAGACAAAAUGGGGAAAGUUCUAACAUGCUGGACCCUGACCUGGCAGCCACAUGCAUUCAGAAGGUGUGGCGAGGGUAUCGAGACAGGAAGAAAGUCAACAAGGAACGUCUUGAGGAGAUGAUAUUUCUAGGAAUGAUACCAGCACAACAAAUGUCACCCAACCCUGCCCAUUUGCGUGCCCAGCAGGUGAAAGACAGUAGGCACAGGGUGCAAGAGGAACAUGAGAAUGAGUACCAGAAAGCCCUGGUUGACAUUAAAGAGUCUGUGGAGACUGUUGAUGGACCAAAUAUGAAGGAAACCCUGCAAGAACAAAUUCGCCAGUGGUUUAUUGAGUGUCGAGAUGCUACGGGGAAGUUCCCUGACUUUCCAAGUGCUGAGGAUGGAGGAUCUGCGUCUAUAUUUGCUCAGAAGACACCAGAACAGGUGGCUGCUGAACUCGCUGCUAAAGAAGCAGAGAGGGAGAAGAAGAAAAAGUCGAAAGGAGAGAAGGACAAAAAAGGGAAUGAUCGCAAAGAGAAGAAAAAAGGGAAGAAAGGCAAGAUGAAAGGAAAAAAGGGGAAAGGAGAAAUAGAGGAGGAGGAGCAGGGAUGGAAGAUGACUCCCAGUAACUUCCUUCCUACGGUAGUCGAGGGAACAAAACUGUACAAAGAGGUUUGGCAUAACCGGGAUGAAAAACAGAACUUCCUUCAGCGUUUCGAUGCUCAGUUGGUGCGAGAGGAGAAGAGAUUGGAGGUUGAAGAGGAGCUCAGAGUGCAGGUGGAUGAAUUAAUGAGGCAGGAACUAAAGAACCUCAAGCUGGUCGUAGACAGGGAUAAGGGGAAGAAAAAGAAAAAAGGAAAGAAAAGCAGUAAAAAGAAGAAGAAGAAAGGAAGGAAGACUGGAAAAAAGAAGAAAAAAGAGAAAGAUCUAACAGCUGACAGGACAAUAGAAUCCCUGUAUAAGGAACUUGUUCUAGAAGGAAUCAUAAUCAGACCGAUGAAUGUCAAGUUAUCAGACUACAUAGGCGAGUACAGUUACCUGGGGACUACCCUGCGGCAGGCAGACAUUGAGCCCAUGCCAUCACUCUCUGACAUCAGACAGCUCAUUGCACUUUAUGGCGUCCUGCCUCUGGGUUCUCAAAGUGUCCAUGAGAGAGGACCUCUGAUCCGCUCGGUGCUUCUUGCUGGCCCCGCAGGCGUGGGGAAAAAGAUGUUGGUUCAUGCCCUGUGCACAGAGACUGGGGCGAACCUAUUUAACCUCUCCGCUACAACCCUGGCAGGCAAAUAUCCAGGCAAAAGUGGACUGCAGUAUCUCCUGCACGUCGUUUUCAAGGUGGCUCGGCAGCUGCAGCCCUCGGUCAUUUGGAUAGGAGAUGCUGAAAAAACAUUUUACAAGAAAGUUCCAAAGCUGGAGAAAGAGAUGGAACCAAAACGACUGAAAAAAACUCUUCCAAAGGUCCUGAAAUCUAUUAAGCCAGAAGACCGUGUUUUGGUUGUGGGAACGACUCGUAGACCAUUUGAUGCAGACAUCAAACCUUUCUGCAAAGUUUACAAGAAGAUCAUUUUGAUCCCUAGGCCAGAUUAUGCUUCAAGACUUACGCUGUGGAAAGAGCUGCUCCUAGCAAGAGGCGCUCAGCUGGGUCCCAAACUGGAUCUGAGCUCUUUAGCUAAGGUCACUGAUGGUUACACGCAGAGUCAUAUCCUUCAGGCAAUCCAAACUGUACUGAGCUCUCAUCGCCUCGACCAGCAGACCAAGAGACCUCUCACUGCCGUAGAGUUUAUCCCCCCUCUUGCAAGGCAAGAUCCUGUUUACAAAGAAGAGGAGGAGACCUUUAAGGCAUGGUACAGUCGGUCACCUCUGGGCAAAAAACGUGCAAGAGCAGCAAGAGCCAGUGAAGAGGAAGCGGAUCUGAAGAAAGGAAAGAAGAAAGUUGGGAAGAUCCAGAAGAAAGGAAAGGAUGGGAAGAGUAAAAUGAAGAAAAAGAAGAAGUGAAGAAGCGCCUUUUGGGAUAUAGCUCAUGCAAUUCAGUUGGACGUUUACAUCAAUGAUGAAAAUAAUAAUCGUCUUUAUCAUGUCCUGACAGAAAAUAUGGCAGCGGUUUGUGUUUUGACCAGCAGAGAGCACUAGAACGUCAUUCCAUGUGGAGUCCAAAGGCAACUACCAAAAUGUAAUGUUUACGGAGUUGUUUUCCCAAACUAUUACAUUUUAAAGUCUCCAUAUAUUCUCCAUAUAUUUAAUUAUAUAUUAAUAUAUUUAAUCUCCAAUUACAUAUGGAGAUACUCUUAAAGGAAAAGUUCACUUAAAAAUGAAAAUGUGACCUAACAUGAAAAUGAAGCCUGGUCCAUCCGUACCAUCCCAAAAUGUUUGAAAACAUUAUGAGGUGGGGUUUGAUUAGGGGGUCCAUGUACCGUCGGAUAAUUAAUUUAUUCGUUUUGUUUUUAAAACGUAAAAACGAUCUACUGAUCAUUUACAUAUCCCACCGUAUUGGUGAGCAUAAAAACAAAAACAAAUCUGAUACAUAAUUUUGAUUUGUUUAUCUCAAUGUUUAUUUCAAUGCACCAAAUAAAUAUCCAAUAAAACCAAAACGAAAAAUAAAGUAUUUAUGACCGAAGCGCGUUUAAAUCCACUGGAGCCCCAGCCUCUGGCGACCAGUGGUGGUAUUGCUUAUAAGGGCAUCUUCAGUACAAUACUUUUAUCUUUAAUAACACAUCAGUUUUCAGUGGCGUGUGAGAACCAUACCUAAAUAAUUAUGUAGUCAUUUCUGUGCAAUGUAGCAGUAUGUACAGUUAUUGAAAGAAUGGACGCGCGCGCGUCUGUGCUCGUGUCAGAGCGAUUCAUCUGCCAGCAGGGGAAAUUUAACAAUGCCCGUUUAAAUUCAUAGUGAGAGAAGCUCGUUUUGCACUUAAAAGUGUUAAAAUAUUUUCGUUUAUUUGCACUGUUCAUAAAAAUGUUUAACAAAAAAACAAAACCUUUGUUUAUAUUUAUAGAUUUUCUGACUACAACUCUAUACGCAUGAUAGCUGUGUUUAUAAUAAUAAGUUAUUUCAAAACCUAUACUUUUCAAGGACAUUAAGCGUACAUUAUAACUGAGUUUGAUAAAAAAAGUUAAAACUUCUUAAAGAGGUUGUACACAAAUAAGCAAUGUUAGGUAGUCGAAUGUGAAGAUAACCUGUCAUAGUGACCCAUGAUAAAAUUCUUCAGUUUUCAAAUUGUUUUUUAUAAUAGACAGUCUGCGUGACCAACAAACAAUGACUCAUAUUACUAUACAAAACCAAUCACAGCUAAAUUGUAUUAAAAAUUAGGUAUUUUGCUUAGGAAGCCCUUAUGUGCAAUACCACCACUGGUCGCCAGAGGCUGCGGCUGAACUUCCAGUGAACUAAAACGCGCUUUUCAUAAAAAUACUUUAUAUUCGAAAUGGUUUUAUUGUAUAUUUAUUUAAAAACAAAUCAAAAAUAAGUCCAAGAUUUGAUUUUAUGCUCAUGAAUACGGUGGAAUAUAUAAAAAAAUAUCGGUUUGUGUUUUUCCGUUUUGAAAACAAAUAAACGAUUAUCCGAAGCUACACGGACCUGCACCGAUGAGGAUGGCAUGCAUUUUGUUAACGUAUUGUUUAAAUGAAACAUGUCAAGAACAUUUUCGCUGUUUCUAUUAUAUUUAUUAUAUUAGUAUCAUAAAUUGCAUUCCUUCCAUUCUCCUUUUCCAUGGAUCUAUGACAUAAAAGUCAGACCAGCUCACUUUCUAAAAUGACAAGAAAAAAGUAGAGUAAGAAAAUUCUCCAGUUUCCAGGUGCCACUAGGUUUGAUGUUAAUUGUUUUUGUAAUGAAAUUUCCUAAUACUUUUGGGGCCACAAAAAAUCUCAAGAAUUUUUAUAUGGAAACUUAGAGGCCCUUUACACAAGACUAUUUUCAACUAAAAUCGGAAAACUUUUUAUGCUUUGAGUCGUACUCUCUGCCAGAAGGGCUGAACUGCGACAUCCAUGCCCAGAGUCUCAUCCAGUUGACCCACUUUCUUGUUAGACACUGCUUCCCGUGGGAGCACAUAGCUAUUCUAAAUUCCUUAAUUCUCUGUGAUGUCUUUCCUGCCCCUCGUCUGUGACACCAUCAUCUCCCUCUCUGCCUAACCCAGGUUAUUCCUGAUACCUUCCUCUCUCCCCUCUGUGAUAUUUAAGAUCGCCUUUUCUUUUUCCCACUCUACUGCUCUGAUCUUCCCCCGUCCCCUCCUCCUCCUCACCGGGUUUAUGGGGCAUGACAAACACACUCACCUCAAUGUGCUCUUUGUAGCUUGAGCUCACAUCUAAUUGAAUUAUUCAGGAGUGCGUGUGUGAGUGUCUUCUAAGAACAGCCCUUAAGCUGGGUGAUAUGUUAAAAGGAGUGUUUUUUUUACUUGAUCAUUUAUAUAAGCAAAAUGUGAACAUGUACGUGUUCAAGUGGCCUUAUAUUUGCUUGUCUAAUUAGUGAAAAUAAAAAUACA